UAUGGCUUCGUGAGGGGACGCGCGUGUGCCCGGCCUGGCUCGUUGCGGCGGCGGUCGUGAAGACGAGGGCUCCGGCACCCGCCCGGCCGCCCGCCGCCGGUGCUGUUAACCCCUCGGUGCCCGGCGGCUGCGGGGAGACUGAGCGAGCGGGCUCAAUGCGCAGGCGCCCAGGCCGCUGCUGCCCCCGGCCCCGCCGCGAUGAGCCAGAGCGCCGCCGUGCUGCCCCCGCCGGGCCCCGCCGCCCGCGCCCUGCACGUGGAGCUGCCCUCUCAGCAGAGGCGUCUUCGUCACCUGCGAAACAUUGCAGCAAGGAACAUUAUUAAUAGGAAUGGUUUUCGCCUCCUGGACACCUACUUUACCCUUCACUUAUGUGAUAAUACAAAGAUAUGUAAAGAAUUUUAUAAGAGUGAAGUGAUAAAGAAUUCUCUGAAUCCAACAUGGCGAAGUCUCGACUUUGGCCUGAUGCCGGAUCGCCUUGAUACAUCCGUGUCCUGCUUUGUGGUGAGGAUCUGGGGUGGCAAGAAUGAUACCUACCAGCUCCUGAUUGAAUGGAAUGUCAACUUAGAUGGACUCAAGUAUUUGGGCCAGCAGAUACAUGCUCGUAGCCCAAAUGAAAUCAUUUUUGGGCUGAACGAUGGCUAUUACGGAGCCUCAUAUGAACAAAAGGGCCACUCAGGAACCCAGAAGAAUAACCUCCUCCAAGUGGAUCCGAACUGUGUUCGUAACUCAUACGAUGUCUUCUCUUUACUUAGGCUGCACCGGGCCCAGUGUGCAAUCAAACAGACUCAGGUAACUGUUCAGAAAAUAGGAAGGGAGAUUGAAGAGAAACUGAGACUUACGUCCACAAGCAACGAUCUGAAAAAAGAGAGUGAGUGUUUACAGCUGAAGAUUUUGGUGCUUCGGAAUGAGCUCAAGAGGCAGAAAAAAGCCCUGGGCCGCGAGGUGGCCUUGUUGCAGAAGGAACAAAGUGUUCUACUUAACAAAGGAAAUGUUUUUCAAGAAGAGUUUCAGAAACUCAGACAGGACAAAGAACCUCUGCAAGAGCUACGGAAAGAAUGCACUGCUAAGAGAGAGCAAUUCUUGAAGACCAAUGCACAGCUGACCAUCAGAUGCAGGCAAUUACUUUCAGAGCUUUCCUAUAUUUACCCUAUUGAUUUGAAUGAUCAAAAGGAUUAUUUUAUUUGUGGAGUCAAGCUGCCCAAUUCUGAAGACUUUCAAGCAAAGGAUGACAGCAGCAUCGCUGUUGCCCUGGGCUACACGGCUCACCUGGUCUCCAUGAUUUCCUUCUUCCUCCAAGUGCCACUCAGGUAUCCAAUAAUUCACAAGGGUUCCCGAUCUGCAAUCAAAGACAAUAUUAAUGAUAAACUGACUGAAAAAGAGAGAGAAUUUCCAUUGUAUCCAAAAGGAGGUGAGAGGCUGCAGUUUGAUUAUGGCGUCUACCUUCUCAACAAAAAUAUUGCGCAGCUUCGAUACCAGCAUGGGCUGGGGACUCCAGAUCUAAGGCAGACGCUUCCUAACCUGAAAAACUUCCUGGAACACGGCCUCAUGGUCCGGUGUGAUCGGCACCACAUUUCCAGCGCCAUUCCAGUUCCAAAGAGGCAAAGCUCUGUGUUUGGGGGCUUGGAUGCCGGCUCCUCCAGCAGCCGUCCUUCUCCUGACAAGGGACUCCGAAAGCGGGCCAACUCCGAGAACGAGAGACUGCAGUACAAGACCCCACCUCCCAGUUACAACUCUGCUUUAACACAGCCCAUCGCCAUUGUGGGAGAACCGGAUAAAAGGGCUGGAUCUUUAUCCUCCUCUUUAGAUACCUCCAUGGACUUCUCCAAGGAAAGCAGAAUGGGGGAGAAUUUAUGUAACAGUCUUAAUGGUGAAAACAGAAACCUGAACAAUUCCCAAGAGAAGCCGGAGCCUUUCCUGGGACCUCCGCGUGCAAUAAAUGGGGCAGCGUUGCCCGGCGAGCAGCCGUGCGUGUUCCGUGGGCCCCUCGGCACAGACCUCCUCUGCACGGUCGAGCAGGCGGAAGAGAUCAUGGGCAUGGAGGCGACCGGCUUUGGCACGGGAGACCAGCUCGAAGCCUUCAACUACAUUCCCGUGGACCACGCCGUGGCAGUGGAAUGUGACGACCAGGUCCUGGGGGAGUUCGAGGAGUUCUCCCGCAGGAUCUGUGCACUGAACAAGGAUGCCCCGACUUUCCGCAGGCCACGGAAGGGCUCUGAUAAGUGAGCUGCGGACGCCGUGGCAGUGGUGGCACGUCACAGAGGUGAAAUUAUAUAUAUCUGGAACGAAGAUGAAACUUGCACUCAUAAUUCCUGUUCAGUUAUGGGUGGAAUGGUGGGGUGGGGCGGAGGGGGAGAACUCUUGCUAUAGUUUUGGGAAAUGGCUUUUGUUUCCAACCAUCACGACGUAUCCGAAGCCCAGAUAUAUCUACUGCUUCCUAUCCUGGUUUCCUAGCAUUCACAACCCGCUCCGGUAAAUUGGAUCAGGCUGUUUUUGUAUCGUCUGCUUAAGUUUAUUCUGUCGGUUUCUUUGGAGGAGGUGCAGGGAAGGCAAGCCAGGCGCUUGGCUGGAGACGAGCAGAGGGGUUUGUGUGCGCCUGCAUGCAUGGAUGUGAUCUGCCCCCUCCACGGCUUGCUGCACUCGGCCGGGCCUUCCGAUGGGUUCAGGGACGCCCACAGACUGUCGUCCUUGCCUGGGAAAUGGGGGCAGGCUCAGCAGGGGACCUGCCACGCCCAAAUCCCCAACAAGACCCAUCAGGCCUCCCCUCUGCACGCAGUUCUAUUCCCUCCCUCCACCCCUCCCUCCCUCCCUCCACCCCUCCAGCUGCUGGCAGUCACUGCGCAUGGCCUGGUCAGAUGCCUGGGGAAUGGACGGAAACCCUUGCAUACGCUCUGUGCAUUCCAGUGGGCCCAUGUGCAGGGCAUGCUUCCAGGCCAAAGCACCUGGGCAGGGGGAGCGACUCGCCCUGCUUUCCUGCCACCCCGGUCUCACCAGUGCGCAACCGAAGCCCCCUCCCCUGUCCAAAGUACACCCAUUGCUUUGCCUUGAAGGGCCCAGCCUGCCGCACACAUUCAGCCCGAAGACCUGUAGAUGGGCGCUGCUGCUUUCGGACCAUGGUAGCUCUCUAGCCUGCUUGGCGGACGGCUCAUGUACUCCAGGUGUGUCCACGGGACCAUAAAAGUAUAACGAAACAGCCUCUCGGCACAUGAUUAUUAGCAUCAUCAUUUCAGACCCUAUCAAGCUGUGAAGCGUUUACAAAUGUGCAAGACAGAAUUUAAUAUAUACCGUGCAAUAGAUUUGGGAUUACAUGAAACGGAGUUUAAUAGUGCUUGGUGUUGACCAUAUUUAAUAUUGUACUUAAUCUUUUUUCAAAUUAAAAAAAAAAUCAGCCAAGCCUUCCAUACUUUUAAACUGGAGCUAUCUUCAAUGAUUUGUCAAUGGGGCAAGUUUGACUCUGGGUGAGGUAGUUGACCACUGGCCCACGUGUUUCCAGCUGCACUAAUGUACAAGCGGAUUUUGGGAUCUGCUUGGAAUUCCUGACGAUAUGCAUUUUGGAGUUCAGAUGUGUCUGGCUCUUGCUUUCUACAUUGUAUACCGAAGUCUGGGCUCAAUUGUGAGCUCAUAAAUAUAUAUAUAUGUAUUGCAGAAUAAAAGUUUAAUUUACUUCA